AACCGAUGCCGUGUAGGAGCAGAGAACCAAAGGAGGCAUUUUCGUUAUUCCAGGAAAACGCCAAGGGCAUUACAGUAAUUUCAUCCAAUUACUUUCCCUGGCCGCGAAGCAACGACAGAAAAUAUAAAAGAAAAUAAAGGAAAAGAGAAGAACAGAAGAGAAGGUUCGUUUCAUUUUCUUCUCAAAAGAAUCAAAGAAAUCAAAAUCCCUCUCUCUCACUCUCUCUCAGGGUUUCAGCGCCUUCUUCGUCAAAUCUCCAAUGGCAAUUCUGUAAAUAGCAUCGUCUUUGACUCCUAUUUCGUUCCGAGUCGCCUAGGGUGUGAAAGAUCCCCUUUCUGUAUCUUGUAUAUAAAACUUCUCGAAGCAUUUUCGACUCUGGAUCUGCAGACGAAAGGCAGGAAUCCCUAAAUUAUCCCUCCCGAUCAGGUUGUUUACAUGGCAGUCCCGACGAUCGCCCUUCACGCCAUCCCGCCGAGCAGCGUCUGCUCCACGCCGUUCCCCUGCUCGUCGUCCGACUACGAAUUGAAUCCCCGCCCUCCAUCGUCGUCGUCUUCAUCGGCAGCUGUCGCGCAGAAGCCGAUCGUCGUUGGUGGCCUUUCCUGCCUCUUCUCGUCGCCGUCCGUCCGCCACUCGUCGUCUUCGUCGAGCUUCGCGACAGGCAGCGUUGAUGAUCAUCACUGCCAGCUACGCCAUGAUCGGGCCGAUGAAUUCGGCUGCUACUCGUCGCUCAAAUGCCGGGACCCCAGCCCGGUGUCUGUCUUCCACGGGCCUGUCUCGUGCAGUAGCGUCGGUGGGGCGUCCUCUUCUAGAAGCCCGUCGCCGAUGAUGCAUCUGCCGGUGCCGUCCUUCCGGGCGGGCCGGGAUGGGCUUUUCAACAGGUUUGUACGGCAUGCGCUGGGAUCUUGUAUCGAUUAUGACUCCCCGAGCUUCCCGAUGCCAGGCGGCAGCGUGGAGCGUGAUAGCCGGGAUUCAUCGGUGGGGAUUGUCGAAGAGUUUUCGUUCGGCAUGGAGGAUAGCUUCGAAGAGAUGGGGUGCGAAUCGUAUGCGAAGGAGUUGUUGUUGGGUGCUCAAUCGAGGCAUAAGAUAUUCCACGAGGAACUUGUGGUGAAGGCGUUCUAUGAGGCAGAGAAAGCACAUCGAGGACAGAUGCGAGCAAGCGGGGAUCCAUACUUGCAGCAUUGUGUGGAGACAGCAGUUUUGCUUGCGAUGAUUGGCGCCAAUGCAACAGUUGUCGCAGCAGGGCUUCUACACGAUACACUCGAUGAUUCUUUCAUGAGCUACGAUUAUAUUUUCCGGACAUUCGGAGCUGGAGUUGCUGAUUUGGUUGAAGGGGUCUCUAAGUUAAGCCAGUUGAGCAAGCUUGCCCGUGAAAACAACACUGCAAGCAGAACUGUUGAGGCAGACCGCUUGCACACCAUGUUCCUUGCGAUGGCUGAUGCUCGAGCAGUCCUCAUAAAACUGGCAGACAGGCUGCAUAACAUGAUGACAUUGGGGGCUUUGCCCAUGCCCAAACAACAGAGGUUUGCAAAGGAAACAUUGGAGAUCUUUGUUCCCUUGGCUAAUCGUCUGGGGAUCUCAACUUGGAAGGAGCAUCUAGAGAACCUGUGCUUCAAGCAUCUCAACCCAGAGCAGCAUGAAGAACUCUCCUCCAAACUCAUUAAGACCUUCGAUGAAGCGAUGAUUACUUCAGCCAUAGAGAAACUAAAGCAAGCUCUCAAAGAGGGAGCAGUUUGUUAUCAUGUUCUAUCAGGGAGGCACAAAAGCUUGUACAGCAUUUACUCCAAAAUGUUGAAGAAGAAGCUAUGUAUGGAUGAAAUUCAUGAUAUUCAUGGCCUGCGUUUGAUAGUUGAGAACGAGGAAGACUGUUAUACGGCACUGGACGUUGUUCAUCGGCUAUGGCCCAAAGUCCCUGGAAAGCUCAAGGACUACAUAACCCAUCCCAAGUUCAAUGGGUACCGAUCUCUGCACACUGUUGUGGUGGGUGAAGACAUGGUCCCGUUGGAAGUUCAGAUCCGAACCAAGGAGAUGCAUUUGCAGGCUGAAUUCGGAUUCGCUGCACACUGGAGAUACAAGGAAGGUGACUGCAAGCACUCGUCUUAUGUGCUUCAGAUGGUUGAGUGGGCCAGGUGGGUCGUGACUUGGCAGUGUGAGACAAUGAACAAGGACCGGGCCUCGUCCGUUGGAAGUGCUGAUUCGAUCAGGCCGCCCUGCCCAUUUCCCUUGCACUCAGAGGACUGCCCAUAUUCUUAUGUACCUAACUGUGACCACGAUGGACCUGUUUUUGUCAUCAUGAUAGAAAAUGAGAAGAUGUCGGUGCAGGAGUUCCCGGAGAACUCGACGAUGAUGGACCUGCUGGAGAGAGUGGGGCGUGGGAGUUCGAGGUGGUCUCCUUACAGGUUCCCCGUCAAGGAAGAGCUGAGGCCUAGGCUGAACCACGAGCCUGUGAGUGACCCUGCCCAGAAACUGAAGAUGGGAGAUGUUGUGGAGCUGACCCCAGCCAUACCUGACAAGUCAUUGACAGAAUACAGGGAGGAGAUCCAACGCAUGUAUGACCGGGGCCUGACCGUCUCAAGCCGGCCUCUCCGGAGAAGCUGACCCAACCAAUCCAUCCAUCCAUCCAUCCAUCUAUACCAUGGAUGCAUAACCGGUAGCUCUACUCCAUUGUUUCAUUGUAUAUAAUGAAUGUUUUGUACAGAAGAAUGUGGGAUUGUGGAAGCAAAAGCCGAAGAAGACUAACAGAAAUUAAGAAAACAAAAAAAAAAAAAGAAAAAAAAAAGAGGGGGUCCAAAGGGAGGCUGCUGUUAUCAGUUCCAAAGAUGUGGAAAUAGCAGAAGAGGCUAUUAUGAGAGCGCAUCUGCAUCUUCUGUUACAGUUUGCUGAUAAUAUGAAGUUUUCAAUUAUAGGGAUUUAUUAAGAUAAUAUCGACUUUAUUGUUGUACGUUUUAAAAAAAUAAAUCUACUUCAUUGUUGUAAUGUAAUGGGUGUUUGCAAGUUCUUAAUAUAGUUGUCUUUAUUGA